AAUAGAAUUCAGAGUGAGGAUCAAAUCCAAGUAAGAUCUCUUGCCCCUUUUCUCUUUCCUUUGAAAUUGUAUUUCCGUGGUAGUUUUUUAUGCAAUGAGAGCCAAUGGUUAGCUAACUUAACUUGUUUAUUGCUAUGUGUGUAUCAUUUCAUGAGUAAAGAGCUUUUGCUUGUAAUUUUUCACCUAUAGAGACAUUGCCCAGAUAGUGAUUUCUUAAGGUAGACAAAAAUGGCUUCUGGGUUGGAACCAGUAGAGGUUAACUCACAAAAACAUGACCCGGCAUGGAAACAUUGUCAAAUGUUUAAGAAUGGGGAUAGGGUUCAGCUCAAGUGUGUGUAUUGUGGAAAACUUUUUAAGGGUGGUGGAAUUCAUAGGAUUAAAGAACAUCUUGCUGGACAGAAGGGUAAUGCGUCUAGUUGUUUAAGAGUUCUACCCGAUGUUCGCCUUUUGAUGCAAGAGAGUCUAAAUGGGGUUGUAAUGAAGAGGAGAAAGAAGCAAAAACUUGCAGAGGAGAUAUCUAAUUUUAAUGUGGGUACGAAUGAGGUGGAGCCCUUUAUUAAUCAGUGUGGUUUGAAUACUGAAGUAGAGUUGCUUCCAGUUCCCGAUACACUAGAGCAAAAUUCAAAUUUGUUAGUGAACAGAGAAGAAGGAACAAGUAACAAAACUGGAGGUCGAAAGAAGAAAGGAAGAGCCAGAAAAGGAUCUGGUUCCACAAAUCCUAGUGCUGCUGCUGUAAAUAGUAAUAUGGCAGUAGUAGCUUCAAAAAAGGCAAACAAUCAAGUUCUUAUGGCAAUAGGAAGGUUUUUCUAUGAUGCUGGGGUGCCUUUAGAUGCAGUAAACUCUGUUCAUUUCCAAUCGAUGGUUGAUACGAUAGCUUCCCACGGAGUAGGGGUUGUAGCUCCCUCAUAUCAUGAUCUUCGGAGCUGGAUUUUGAAAAAUUCAGUUGAGGAAGUAAGGCAGGAGGUUGAUCAAGGCAUGGGGACAUGGAGCAAAAGUGGUUGUACUGUGUUGGUUGAUGAACAGAUUUCUGAAAAGGGUAGGACAUUGACAAAUUUUUUGGUGUAUUGCCCAGAAGGACCAAUGUUUUUGCGGUCUGUAGAUAUAUCGGACAUUACAAAUUCCAUCGAUGAUCUUUAUGAAUUGCUUAAGGAGAUUGUAGAAGAAGUUGGUGUAAGAAAUGUGCUGCAAGUGAUUACUAAUAAUGAAGAGCGAUAUAUUGUUGCUGGUAAAAGGCUGACUGAUAUUUUCCCUACUGUUUUUUGGACUCCUUGUGCAGCUCGUUGCAUAGAUUUGAUGCUCGAUGAUUUUAGAAAACUUGGGUGGAUAACUGCAAUACUCAAACAAGCUAGAUCUGUCUCCAGAUUCAUCUAUAAUCACAGUAUUGUUUUGAAUAUGAUGAGAAGGUAUACCUAUGGAGUUGAUUUGAUUGAUUUGGGAGUAACACACAUUGUGACUGAUUUUACCACAUUGAAACGAAUGGUGAGCACCAAACACAAUUUACAAUCCAUGGUUACUUCAGAGGAGUGGAUGGAGAGCCCAUAUUCAAAAAAACCAGAGGGACUUGCAAUGUUAGAUCACAUCAGUAGUCAGUCAUUUUGGUCCAUGUGCACUUUAAUUACCCGUUUAACAGAUCCACUAUUGCGACUUUUGAGAAUAGUUCGUAGUGAGAAGAGGCCUGCAAUGGGAUAUGUUUAUGGAGGAAUAUGUCGAGCAAAAGAGACAAUUAAGAAAGAACUUGUUAAUAAGAAGGAUUAUAUGGUUUAUUGGAAUAUUAUAGAUCACAGAUGGGAACCACUUCAACGCCAUCCUCUUCAUGCUGCAGGUUUCUACCUCAAUCCCAAGUUCUUUUACAAUACAGAAGGAGAUGUACAUCUCCACAUCCGAUCAUUGGUUUAUGAUUGUGUUGAAAAAUUGGUUCCUGACCCAAAAAUCCAAGAUAAAAUUGUGAAAGAGACAACCUCAUACCAUAAUGCUGCUGGAGAUUUUGGGCGGAAGAUGGCAAGAAGGGCUAUAGACACUUUACUUCCUGCUGAGUGGUGGGCAACAUAUGGAGGGGGUUGCCCAAGUUUGGCUCGCUUGGCCAUCCGCAUUCUCAGUCAAACUUGCAGUUUGAUCGGCUGUAAACCAAGUCAAAUUCCUGUUGAACAGAUAAAUGAAACAAAAAAUUGCUUAGAGCAUCAAAGGCUCAAUGACCUUGUUUUCGUCCAGUACAACCUGCGAUUGAGGCAAAUGUUCCGGAAGAACAAAGAACAGGAUGCAGUCGAUCCCAUUUCAUACAACAACAUCAAUAUUGUUGAGGACUGGGUUACGGAGGAGUUAUGCUCAGAGGACUAUGGUAGCUCAGAUUGGAUGUCAGUUGACCCCCCUUUGGGCAACAUAACGCUUUUAGGACCACAAAUUGAUGAUAUUGAAGCCCUGGGUGCAAGUUUUGAUGAUUAUGAAAUCUUUGACAGCGUGAAAGACAGUGAAGACGAAAAUGGUGAAGAUAAUGUAGUAAGCCAGUAGAAUGUAUCCCAGAAAUGUGCUCCUUCCUUUUUCUUCCCCUUUUCUUUUGAGAAAUAUGUCGCAUGUCUACUUAUCUCUUGUUUUAGUCGAGCUGAGGAAAAUAUUGUAAGAUGUUUGUGAAAUGUCAGGGGUUACUCUGUGUGGGUGACUGGGAGUGGAUUUGUUGUAGUUAAGUCAAUAUUUGUCUGUUUUACAACCAAACGAAGCAUUUAUCUGAAUGUUGUAUCAAGUAAUGUUAAGAUUGUGAAAAGGAGACUAACUACAAAGAGGCUG